GACUCGGCGUCUUCGCGCCCCGCUGCCCGCGGACGAUUUCGCCAACAAUUUCGACGUCGCGAAGUCGUGAAGUCGUGAAGAUUCGAGGACACACACAACUCCGCGGCGAUCUGGGGCAUCGUCCACAUCGGGUGAGUUUCGCGUGCGACCGGCAAACGUCAUACGGUUCGAGUUCGAUCGUUCGUUUCCGUUAGUCGAACGGGAUUUUGAAUCCGCAGCGCGACGCGAAUGGUGGGCGCUGGAAACGCCGAGACGUGUCGGUGAUUCCGAUACUUAUUUCCGAUCUCUCGGCUCUCGGCUCCUAUCGUUCGCUGUCGUUCGAUCUGGUUCGAUUGUAUUAUUCCCGCGUCCGCGAUCCGCGACGCGAGAAUGUUCACGCGGUGGUGAAACGUGAUCGAGAGGAAGGAUUUCGGGAAGGAGAGAUUUGCGAGUUGGGACUUGGCGAUUGUCAGCGAUUGUGUUGACGAACUUCGCGCGGGAAAGAUCGGCAGGCGAGUGCGGGCGCGACGGUGCCGCGUACCGAGACAGGACGAUUCUUUUAACGACGUGUUUCACGUGCUCCCGAAUGAACACGCGUUGACAAUUUCGUACGAUAGACCCCGGGUCGGGCCGAUCGGCGAUGUUGUCGGUCAGCUAACCUCGAAACGCAACGCGUGUGCAACGUAUGUACAACGACCGCGGCAGUAGAAGCGGCUCCGGAUGGCGAGCGACUCCCAGGCGAAAAGGAGCACCCCCGGCGAGGUCGACAUGGAAGCCGACGCACGGGACACGGGGUAUGACACGGACGAGGAGGGCGGUCUGAGGGUGGACGACGAGAUAUACAUCCCGCCACCUCUGAAGAAUUUUAACGAGGUCGACGAGACCGGAUCCAGGCUCAUGAUCACUAAGAUUGUCAACGAAAACUUCAAGAGCUAUGCCGGCAAACACGUGAUCGGCCCUUUUCAAAAGAGCUUCUCGGCGAUAGUGGGCCCCAAUGGCAGCGGCAAGAGCAAUGUGAUAGACUCCAUGCUGUUUGUUUUUGGCUACCGUGCCAGCAAGAUCAGGUCAAAGAAGAUAUCUGUCCUGAUACACAAUUCUAGCGAACAUCCUAAGUUGAAUAGCUGCACUGUCUCCAUACACUUCCAAAGAAUUAUUGAUAAGCCUGGUGAAGACUAUGAUGUUGUUCCCGACAGCGAGUUUGUCAUAGCUAGGACAGCGUUUAAGGACAGUUCAUCGUAUUAUGAGCUUAAUAAGAAGAAAGUACAAUUUAAAGAGAUUGCCAAGCUCUUGAGGUUUCAUGGAGUUGAUUUGGAUCACAACCGUUUUUUGAUAUUGCAGGGUGAAGUAGAGCAAAUUGCAUUGAUGAAACCUAAGGGCCAACAAGAAAACGAUACUGGAAUGUUAGAAUUUCUAGAGGAUAUUAUUGGCACAUCUCGCUAUAAAGAACCUUUAGAGAAAUUAGCGAAUAAGGUUGAAGUAUUAACAGAACGUAAGUUAGAGAAGCUACAUCGUCUCAGAGUGGUGCAAAAGGAGAAAGAGGCCCUGGAGGAGCCUAUGCAAGAGGCAGUGCAGUACUUGAAGACAGAGAAUGCAAUAAUCAGAUUGCAGCAUCAGCUUUAUCAUUGUAAAAGAUCUGAGGCAACAAAGGAACUUACCGAGUGCGAAGAGAAAAACAAUGCUCUUAACAAGGAACAAGCCACUUUGAUGGUCGAGAUUAAUAAUGUUCGCAAACAAAAGGAAGAAAAAAUCAAGAUUAUCAAAGAGAAGAGUAAGAAGUGGGACGCUUUGCAACGGCAGAAAGAUGAAACUACGGCGAGGUUUGACGAAGUGCGUAAAAAGGAUGAAUUACUGCACGCCGAAUUGGUUGAAACAAACAAGCGACGAAAAGCCAACAUGGCGUCCACCAAGACGGAGAAAAGCAGGCUGGAGGAACUACUGAAGGUACCAGAGAAAAAUACGAAAGACAUCGAAGAAUGCGAGCGUCUAAUCGCGACGUAUACGGCUAACAAAGAAAAGGAAGAGACCUCGUUGGCAACCUUGAUGGCAAAUCUGCGGGAAAAGACAGAACCAUUGCUGAAUGAACGAUCCAAAUUGGAGAAAGAGCUGAUAUCUCUUAGGAAAAACGUGGAUCAGGCGAAAGCGGCAUACGAUAUUGCACAGUCUGAGCUGGAACUUUAUAUAUCGGUGGAGAAAGUUGAGAAGGAGAAAUUAGAAAAUCUCCGGGAGUCUUUAGAAAGAACUGCGAGUACUCUCAAAGAGCGACAAAAGCAGCUAGCAUUGUUCGAGACGAAGAUCCCGGCAACCGAACGCAGUUUGAAGCAAGCGCAGAGUGAACUGGAUGAGGCAAAAGCACUCGAGGUUGAAAAGGCCACGCAGCUGCAGAAAUUGCGAAUUACUUUUGAAGAGCAGCGUUCUGCCAUGCAGGCCAGCAAGUCGCGGAAUCGCGUUCUGGAUUCAUUAAUGAGAGAAAAGCGUGAGGGACGGAUACCUGGGAUAUUUGGGAGAUUGGGUGACUUGGGCGCCAUUGAUGCCAAAUACGAUGUCGCUGUGUCGACGGCAUGCGGUCCACUGGACGACAUCGUUGUAGACACAGUAUCCACGGCACAGGCGUGCAUCACUUAUCUGCGGCAACAUAACAUAGGACGCGCCACAUUUAUAGUUCUGGAGAAACAGCAGCGAUUUCAGGACAAAAUCGGUCAGAAGAUCCAAACACCAGAGAAUGUACAUCGACUGUUCGAUUUGAUUAAAGUGGAGGAUGAGCGGGUGCUGUUGGCAUUCUAUUAUGGUCUGCAAAACACUCUGGUAGCGCAGAAUUUGGAUCAGGCAACACGUAUCGCCUACGGCAGAACGCGUUAUCGCGUGGUGACGUUGAAGGGCGAAUUGAUUGAGCUGGCGGGCACGAUGAGCGGUGGUGGGCGCUCAUAUCGAGGUCGGAUGGGCCAGACGGUGGUGAGGAACGAGCCGUCAAACGCUGAUAUCGAAAAUCUGCAGUCGCAGUUGGAUACUGUGUUUGAAGAGUGCAAUAAGCUGAGAAUGAAGCAGCAGCCGCUUGAACAACAAAUCCAUGUGCUGUCGACCGGCUUGAGGGAUAUGAAGGUCGACAGGCAGAAAUUCGGUAUCGAGGUACAGACGCUGAGCGAGCAGGAGCCAUCGUUGCGAGCACAGCUGAAGGCGCAGGAAAAGACUGCCGCUAAUUCGGUGUCGGACCCGAAGAAGGUUGCGCAAUUGCAGAAAGCAGUAGACGCGGCAAAGUUGCAUCUGGACAAAGUCGAGAAGAGCUCCGCUUCGGUGGAAAAGGAAGUAGAAUAUAUCAAUAAGAAGAUAGAUGAGAUCUCCGGCAGUCGGGUGCGAGAUCAGCAGGCGAAAAUUGCGCAGCUGAACAAAUCGAUAGACAAAGCAAAGGCAGAGAUAUACCGGCUGCAGGUAGCUAUUAAGACUGCUGAGAGAAACGUGAAAAAGACAGAGAAGCACAUAGAAACGCUAGAGAGCGAUGUGCAUACCUGCGAGCAGAGACUGAGGGACAUUCAGAAGGAAAAGUCUGAGCUCGAAGAACAUGCUAAAGCAAUUCUGGAUGAAUUGAAGGAAAUUAACGAAGCGCUAGUAGAGCGGGACGACGCUACAGCAUCUUUAAAAGAUGAACUGAACGAACUGCAGGCGAGCGAGAACAAGCUGAAAGCGGUGAAGAUUGACCUAGAUCAGAAAUUGCACGAGAGUAGGAAGCUUUUAAAGGAGCUCGAGCAAAUAAUUCCCGACUACAACCGGAAAAUUGCGCAUUUAAAAUUACGUGAGAUUCCUCACGAGGCUCUGGAGCCACUUAAUGAUCUGACGGAGGAGCAGAUCGAUCAGUUGGACGCGAAGAUGGUGACGCAGAAUUUGCAGAAGGCUAAGAAGAGGUUACCUGAGCAAAUACCCAACAUGCAAAUCAUUGCGGACUAUCAGGAGAAAGAUGCGCUGUACAUGAACCGUGCCGCUGAUCUGGAGGAGACCACGUCAGAACGUAAUAAGAUGCGCGACAUUUAUGAGACCGCUCGGCGACGUAGGAUCCAGGAAUUCCUACACGGUUUCAGCUUAAUCACUACCAAACUGAAGGAGAUGUACCAGAUGAUCACGCUGGGCGGCGAUGCGGAGCUGGAGCUAGUGGACUCGUUGGAUCCGUUAAGCGAGGGUAUCGUAUUCAGCGUGCGUCCGCCUAAGAAGUCGUGGAAGAGCAUCGACAAACUCAGCGGCGGUGAGAAGACCCUGAGCUCGUUGGCGCUGGUCUUCGCUCUCCACCAUUACAAACCCACGCCGCUGUAUUUCAUGGAUGAGAUUGAUGCAGCGCUCGACUUUAAAAACGUCUCCAUCGUCGGUAACUAUAUCAAAGAGCGCACGAAGAACGCGCAGUUUAUCGUCAUUUCACUGCGCUCGAACAUGUUCGAGCUGGCCGACUCUCUGGUGGGCAUCUACAAAACGUUUAACUGUUCCAAAACUGUGACUCUACAACUGGCCCGUUAUUAUGAAAACAAUGGUAUCGCGCCUCCCACGCAGCUCACCUCCAAGACCUACGCGUCCCAGGCCUCGCAGAAAUCGCGAUUGCCCUUGACGCAACGCACUCAGGCGAGCUCGCGCAAGGAAAACACCGCGCCCGCGAAGAAUAAUAAGGAGAAAGGGUCAUCUUUGAAUGGCGAAGAGACGUCGCCCGCGAAGAACAAUAAUGCGAAAGGGGCGUCAUUGAGUGGGAAAGAGACGACACCCGCGAAGAAAAAUCACUCAAAGGAAACUCCAUUAGAUGAGGACACAAACGCAAAAAAUAAUGCAACGACGACACCGAACGGGAAGCGGUUAAAAGUCGAUCGACUAGGUCUUCCAGAAUUAGCAGUAUGCCCGACGCCGCAGCAAUCGCCAACAACUCGACGUUCCGCUAGGAUCGUGAGAAAAAGCACGGAAAGAGAAGAGAAUGGGAUUACCAAGGAACCUGUUAGGAAAAAACAAAAGUCGAAGUGAUCGUGUGAUGCGACAUUUCCAUAAUCAAAGAACGGCACGUGCGAAACGAUCGCGCGAAGCUUGUUAUCAGAAACUAGUAUAAAUACCUAUUAUAAGUUAAUAAUAUAAAUGCCGUUACUGUUAUCUUUUUGGACAGUAAAUUGCAGCUUAAGGUGCGACUUUAUUUCUUAUUUCCGUAACUAUUUAGUGUUGGCCGAGAGUAUGAGAGAACUAACUUACUAUGUGGAAAGUUAUCGUAAUGGUAUUACAGAUAAAAUAGAUAAAUAAUUGUCGAUAUAAUUCUAUCUUUUUGUAAAUUUAAUGUUACACACGCAAGUUUUCAGUUCUCUCACGAUUCAAGGUUUUCUAUAAUAUGUAAAGAUCUAUAUUUGAGAACGAUGCUUGUGUGUAGCGGAAUAGAAUACAGGAUUUGCUCUUUUUAUCUGUACUUUUUGUAAUUUCUUGCGUUUUACAUUUUUUUCUUUCUAGCCUUAAAUACCAAAAUAUGCAUACGUAUUUUGUUCUGAAUACAUAUAGUAUAUAUACAUAUAACUUAGUUCAGUUAAGAGGAGCGGAUCCAUAAGUGCAAAAUGCAAUAUUUUUAUACGUUUGUACAUGUCGCCAGAAACUAUAUUAAAAUAUGAUUCCUAUUGAAACAAGAACUGGAA